UUUAAAUGUCAGGUUAAAAUGGAAAAUUUUCAAUGGGAAAAAUUCGCAAAACCUCCAUUAGUUCCAGAAGUUUGCCUUUGAAGUUCAGUAUUUUAAGGAUUUUGUCACCAGUGUUUCAUAAGUUUCGAUAAAAAGUAAUACAAAUCUCAAUGCUAAAUCUGUAACGAAUGGAAAUUUACGAAUUUUUCCCAUUGAAAAAUUUCCAUUGUAACAUUACAUUUAAACCACACUGUGUAUGCCUAACAAAUAAUCAGUAAAAUAAAGAACACAUGUAUAAAUAAUUAAAGUCUUAAGAACGUGUUCUAAUUCUAUUGACGAGAUUUUAGUGAAUCUUGUAAAACUAUUUAUUACGCAGGAAUAUUUUUACAAUGCUUGAGAAGACACCUAAGAAAUUCGUAAUUUUCUGUUUCGUCACAAUUCUACCUACCAUUACGGGUUCAACUUUUGAAAAGGAUGUGACCCUCACGCUGGAUCAGAAGGUUCUCUUGGACAAGUUCCGUGCUCAAGUAGUUGACAAAAUGCCGCAGGAUUACAUGAAAUCAGAAAUAUAUCUCGUCAAGUGGUUGCGAACCAGCAAUUUCCACAUCGGUGCAGCGGAGGAGAGACUAUUUCAGCACUUGGAAUGGAGAAAAGACCGUGGAAUUGAUGAUGAAAAAUACGAGUUAGACCGGAAAUCGGAACCUUUGGAUGACGACAUACGGUUUUACUUAGAUGGGAGGGAUAAACUCGGGCGACCUUUCAUGUUACUAGAAACGAGAAACCACGACGCCAGAAGGUUAAUCAUACAAGGCAAAUAUGACAAGUUGGUCCGCUUCUAUGAACACGCGUUCGAAUCAGGGUGCAAGUUGGUACUGGAUUUCACGGAAAAGUAUAAAAAUGUGACGCGUGGGCAUCUCCUCGUAAACCUGGAUGGACUCAUUAUUCAGCAAAAUUCCUGUGUCGCAUGCGUCACAAUGUUCGUGCAAAAUAUAAUCAAUUUCGUCCAAAAUUAUCCUGAAUGUAUCGACAAAAUCAUCGUUGCUAACGCUCCCCUCUCAUUCAACGUGUUCGCCAACAUUGGCAAGGCCGCAUUCUCGGAAGAAAUCCGGCGGAACGUUCAAGUCUACGGGAAGAACACGCAACUUUUGAGGAAGUCUUUAAGCACGGAUUUUGAACGUGACCAAAUACCACCUUCUCUCGGAGGGAGUAAAAUUUAUGCAGGAAUGGAAGACGAAAAUGUGGAUAGGAAAUAAAUAGGCAGAUUUCUUAUAAUUUAAACAUUAAGUACAAAUGUAUUAACUGAUCAUAAACAGAUUUUCAAAUUCUGAUUGUUCAUUAAACCCCUUACGGGAUAUAGUUAGCGCACUAAAUAUGUAUCAGAUCACGGUUACAUAGUUAGAAUAGUUGUAUCUCGAACAUUACUCUACAUAUACAAAAAUAUAUAAAAUAGUUUCUAGUUUUUGCUGGGCAGAUGCCCAGAAAUAUUA